AUGAAUCAUAUGCAGAAAUUUAAUUAUUGGCCACGUUAUGUAGCACGCUUAAUCAGGUUCCGUCCUGUUUAUCGAAAAGAACUUUUAGGUUGGCGUUUUGAAACGGAUCAUAUGUUUCAACGACCCAAUAAUCUACCAAAUGAAAAAAGAGAGGAGAAAUUUCUCCCGGUUUGGCAUUUUUCUGAGAAACCCCCUUGGAACAUUGCUAACCGCCUGUCCGAAUUCCCGUAUCCGGAUACAACUUGGUGCGUUAUUCAUCCGAACGGUCGCAAAGAGGCACGAAAAUUGCAACCUAUGCCACCUGAAGACCAAUUGAUUUUUAAAGGUGAUCGUGUUCAAAUACUUUGUGGCCCGGAUAAAGGAAAAAUUGGUAUUGUUUCUUCAGUCUUAAAAAUCAGACGCUUGGUCUAUGUGGAUGGACUUAAUUAUCGUUUAACAGCUUCUAAUAAAUAUGAUUCCUUAAAAAGAAGCGAGGAUCCGUUAGAUAUUGAUACCCAGGUUGCUCUUGUGGAUCCAUCAAAUAAUGAACCUUGCAAGUGCUCCUGGCGGUACACUGAAGAGGGAAAUCGGGUCCGUGUUUCCCUACAGACAGGUCAUGUAAUUCCUCUACCAGCUGCAGCCAGAUGUUUAGAUGACUUGACCGAUCCUAAAACAGCUGUUGUCGGUUCAAAAGAUACUUGUGAACCAGUUGUUUGUAA